AUGUCUACGGCUACCACCCCCGCCAAAGGGCCGGAUCCGAAGCCGAAGGAGGCUGCAUCCCGCUCAUGCCCCACGUCAUGCGGGUCUGCCAUCUCAGGCAGGGACCCUCAUCCGAUGUGCAUAACCUGCAUGGGCGCUAAACACGCUCAGGCAGCGCUCGCUGACCGCGAGUCCUGCGGGUACUGCGCAUCUAUGCCUGAGAAAAUAUUGGAGAGGAGGCUCAGAGUUGCUGUGGCUCAUCCCCAGGACCAGUUGCUGGCGGGGACCACCGAUGAAUCCACAGCCGUCACUCAGCAGACCCGCGACGAGGGCGCAGACGGCGCUGAUGCCGCUUCUGACUUCCUCGAGGCUGUGGAUAUGGACGAUGUGGAGGAGGACUCCACAUUCCCAGCGGCCCAGUCCCGACCCUAA